GUGGCCUACGUUUCGUUUUGCUGUUUACAUUCAAUGUGCCUAUUUCCCGACUAACUGGAGAACACAGCAAGAUGGCAGCCAAGAAUAACGAAAACAGGAUUGUUCUGAUAGCCAUGGAUGGCAGUGAAUAUUCGAAUCAUGCUUUUGAUUGGUACUGGAACAACAUCCACCGUGACUCGGACCACGUUGUCCUGCUGCAUGUGCCAGAAUACCACACUGUUGUUCAGUCACCCAUGGUGAUGAUGGAUGUGACGGUGAUCUCAGAGAUGAUGGCUGAGGAGGAGAAGAGAAUCAAGUCCUUCCUCGAGGGCCUCGGAAAGAAACUCAAGGACAAAAAGGUUGGUGGGAAGGUGAAGAGUGUGGGGGGCAACCCCGGGGAUGUGGUGUGCCGUGUGGCCAAGGAAGAGGGUGCCACGCUCAUUGUGACAGGCACUCGUGGAAUGGGGAAGAUAAGACGCACGUUCCUAGGCUCCAUCUCCGACUACAUCAUCCACCACUCCAAUGUACCAGUCCUGGUGUGUCGACAUAAGGACACCUAGCAUCACCAAUAGAUACCUCACACACCAUUGGUCCAGUUUAAUGUAUGCCAUCACCUGAUUGGUCCAUUGAAAUAUUUGAAUUUAAAAAACCCAGAUUUGAUUGAUUGGUUUAUAAAGCAGAACCAGCUGCUAUUCAGGCUUGAUUGGACAGUUUUAUGGUUUGAUUUGUAAUGGACUUUGGAAAUGAUCUGUCCUUUUUGUUCAGUUAGGUGAUGCAGAAAAUUAGCAUGGUUGAUAAAUGAAAUUAAACAAGAUAAUAAUCAUAAUUACUAUUUGUUGUUUUGUGGUUUUUCACUGUUUCUUUUUCCUUACUAAACUUAUAAAAACAUAUUCAAUCAAGAAAUCUGGAUAUCUGUUAGUGGUAUAAACACUUUAAACUCCUUUCUCUCUAAUAUGCAGUUUUAAGUAAUUGCACUUUUUUUAAAAUAUGAAAUAAUGAAGCUUUAAAGUUUUGUAAUGUGUUUCUCUAUAUGUUGUUAAUGUUGAUCUAUCCAGCAAUUGAGUAAAGCUGUAUUUGUUUGAAAGCACAUACAUAUACAAUGUUUAAAUUUAUAGUUUGCGUUUGUUUUCCAUCUCAGUAAAUUGUAUAUAAUUGUCACCAUGAGAGAGCAGUGGUGUUAUAUUUGUUUUAUGAACAUUAAUCAAGGUAUUUGUCUUCAUCAAUUUGAGAAAGAGUGAAAUGAGUUUUAAUAAAAAACAUUACUAUCAUUUGUUGAUAAGUGAUUUUCAUAAUUUUAUCAGAAAUAGUCCCGUGCAUUAGUUUUCUGUGAUGUUUUCAAGUCAUGCUAGAUUCAAUCAUCUGUAAUUUUGUUGAUUACAAUCAUAUACAAAUGAAUACAUUAUGAUUUAUGUUAUUGAAAUAUGGACCUGUUUAACUUCCUGUUUAAGGAAAGAUAUGUUUUGAAAGUAAAUGUAAAAUGCUUAAUGUUAUCUAAUUUGUAAAUAUUGGGUAGGAUUUAGACAAGGAAACAUCUGUAUGUUCUUUCUUUUUCACAAUACUUGAUAAUUUCUUUCAUUUUGCAAACUGACACUUCAUUGGUAAUCUAACUGACUUCAGGUCUUUAAUGGUACCAGUCUAACUCAGUUUAGCAUAUGGACCUAUAAUAAUUUAAUGGUACCAGUCUGUUUUAUAGUGUGAUGGGAUAAUGCAUAGCUAUGGAGUCUCCUUAUAUUGUUUAAUUAGCAAAAUAAAUCAUACCAUUCACAUUCGCUGUAAACCAGCCAUCAUUUUCUCAUAUAUUGAUUAAGACUUUUCAUCUUUACCUACCUUGCCUUCGUAAUCAGAUUAAUUUGAUUUUGUAUGCCUUAAAUGUAUGUGUAAUCAAAUAAUCAGUUAACUUAAUCCUAACUUAAUAAUUACAUUUUAUAUUUUUAUGGUUUUUCGAAAUGUUUUAGUGAUAAUAUCCAUAGACUGUGUAAAACAUUUAGCUAUUCUUACCAAAACUCACUCUCUUGUUUUAUUGCAAUUAUUUAUAGUAGUUGGCAACGACAAACGCAUGUACUGUUUGAAUGCUCUUUUAUUAAUCCAGUUACAUUCUUGUCAGAAUAAAUAUCAAACUUGGCUCUGAGCUCAAGAAGCAGUGAUAUGUUGACACAUGUACCAGUUGUCAACUCCAUGUGAUCAAUUAUCAACAUUUAUCUCCUGCUUAAGAUGCCUUAAAGUAUUAAAGUAUAUUUAAGUCCAAAUAACAAGUAUGUGCUUAAAAAAAACCUAAAAGAAAAUCAAGUGCAAGUCCCAUAAAUAUGUGUGUUUAAUGGUUUAAAGUAUGGUAUAUGUAUAUGAACAGUCACUUGACUGAACUUUUAUGGGGGAACCACCAAGGUACAAUUGCCUGUUAGUAUUUGAGUUGCUAGUUACAGUUUCUAUGUUGUGUUAUUUGUUUCUCGACUCUCUCCUUAAGUGUUACAAUAUCAAGUCACUUGUUUCAAUGUGGAUGUUUCUGUUCCAGUUCUAACCCAUUAACAUACAGGCUCAUUGACACAAUUACAACAUCAUCUAAAACCCGAGUACAUUCCAAAUGCAUUCUGGCCUAGUAUGUAAUACACAUUAUGUUUGUGCACUGUAUGAUAUUCAACUCUAAGAUCGUAUUAAUUAUGUACAUGUUAUAGUUCUAAGUGUUUUAUGGAAAUAAAAUAUUAACUCUG